AUGGAGGCAGAGGGCCGGGUGCCGGGGCCGUCGCUGCCCCAGCUUGCCUCUGGCGAUGGGGGAGGGGCUGAGGCCAAUGCCACCGCGGGUGCCCCUCGAGAGGCCCGGGGGCCGCUGCUCGCUGCCGCCGCCGACGUGCUGGCGUUGGACGAUGAGGAGGACGACGACCUGGAGGUGUUCAGCAAGGACACAUCACUGGCUGAGGUAAAUUCCUUCAGUCCUUCCAUGCCCAUAUCCCCCUCAUCCAUGAUAAACCAGUACAAGUUUGAAGAUGAACCAGAACAGAGAGAUCUCUUCAUUACAGUGGAUGAUCCUGAAAGCCACAUCACAGCCAUUGAAACCUUUAUUACUUACAGAGUACUCACAAAGACGUCUCGUGGGGAGUUUGACUCCAGUGAAUACGAAGUUCGCAGACGGUAUCAGGAUUUCCUUUGGUUGAAGAGCAGGCUCGAAGAAGCUCAUCCCACUCUGAUUAUUCCACCAUUGCCUGAGAAAUUCAUAAUGAAGGGAAUGGUGGAACGAUUCAGUGAGGAAUUCAUUGAGACUCGAAGGAAAGCACUCCAUAAAUUCUUGAACCGCAUCGCUGAUCACCCAACUUUAACUUUUAAUGAAGACUUCAAAAUUUUUCUGACUGUGCAGGCCUGGGAACUCUCCUCACACAAGAAGCAGGGCCCCGGAUUGCUUAGCAGGAUGGGGCAGACAGUGAGAGCUGUAGCGUCAUCAGUAAGAGGAGGAGGAGUUAAAAACCGUCCUGAAGUGUUUACAGAAAUGAACAAUUACAUGCAAACAUUUAGCCAGAAAAUAAGUGUGCUGGACAAGAUAGCUCAAAGAAUUUACAAGGAGGAAAGAGAGUAUCUUAAUGAGAUGAAGGAGUAUGGCCCCAUCCACACGCUGUGGUCGGCGUCGGAGGAGGACGUAGCAGACUGCCUGAAGGGUGUCGCCAGCUGCAUCGACAAGUGCUGCAAGGCUACGGAGAGGCGGAUGGCAGGGCUCUCGGAGAACCUCCUGCCCGUUCUGCACGAGUACAUUCUCUACAGUGAGAUUCUGAUGGGUGUAUUGAAAAGGAGAGACCAAAUCCAAGGCGAGCUUGACUCAAGAGUUGAUGCUUUAGCCAAUAAAAAGACAGAAAAGGAUCUGUUCUCAGAAGAGAUUGGGAAACUUGAAGACAAAGUUGAAUGUGCCAACAAUGUUCUGAAAGCCGACUGGGACAGGUGGAAGCACAACAUGCAGCGUGAUAUGAGAUCAACAUUCACUAGUGUGGCUGAGAACAAUCUCCAUUACUAUGAAGAGUGCCUUGCUACAUGGGAGUCGUUCCUCGCAUCUCAAGCAGUGCAUCUUCGUGUGGAAGAAGACUCUGAAGAUAAGCCUUGAGUAAUCUCUCUGCUUGAGCUCUUCUGCCUUUUCCAUGCAGUUUCUCCCAACCAAAGAAAUGCUUUGUAUGAGGUCAGAUACUCUCUUAAAUUGAAGUGUUAAAAGAAUCAGUGAAAUGCAGGAAAUCAGCUUGCUGAAACUCAGGUAUUUCACUCCUGAAA